AUGAAUUAUUCAUCAAAAGUUGGUUCUGCUGCAAUGACAUCAACAUCAAAUUCAAUCAAAGAUGUUUAUGUUGAUGCUAUGGUCAUAUUAAAAAUAAUAAAACAUGCUCAUGAAGAAACAACAGAUGCUGCACAAGGUGGUCUUCUUGGUUUGGUUAAGGACUCAACACUUGAAAUAACAAAUUGUUUUCCAUUUCCAAAUCAAAAUAAACCAGAAAAUCUUGAUCUUGAUUUUGAACAAUAUCAAGCGGAUAUAAUAAGAAAUUUACGUCGAGUCAAUUCGGAUUAUUUACAAGUUGGAUUUUAUGAUAGCAGCUUCAAUCGUUUACUUGUACAAUCAAUGGUACCUUAUCAAUUGUCCGGUGUUGAAGAAUCUAUUGCACUUGUUUAUGAUCAAGCAUUGGCUUUACAAGGUUAUAUUAAAUUAAAAGCAUAUCGUUUAACACCUGCUGCACUUGAAAAUUUAAAGAAUGAAGAGUAUUUUUCACCAGACAAUGCAAGACAAGCUAAUCUUAAUUUUGAAACUUUAUUAGAAGAAUUACCAGUUAUCUUUAGAAAUUCUCAUUUAGUCAAUUCACUUUUAUGUGAAAUUGAUGAACAAACAAGACUUAGUUCAAAAUCAAAUGCAUUUCUUGAUUUAGGCACAAAUGGAAAUCUUGAACGUCAACUUCGUUCAUUAAUUGAUGGUGUUGAUGAAUUUGCUGCUGAUGCAUUACGUUAUACAAAUUAUCAAAAACAACUUCAACGUCAACAAAGUCGUCGUAAUCAACGUGAUUCAAAUCGUCGUAAUGAUGGUUAUGAUGAAGAUUUUGAACGUAUGACUAAAAUGUUUUCACAAUCAAGACGUAGUGCAUUAGUAACAGCAUCACAAAUAAAUAAUCAAUGUGAUAAUAUCACACAAUUUACAGCGCAAGGUUUAGCUAAAUUAUUUAUGGCACAAGCUGUUCAUGAAAAACAAUAA